AUGAGCGGGGUCCGGGUCCCGAGCGGCGCCCUGGGGAGGCGGCCGGGGGUAGCAGGAGCCCCCGUCCCGGUCCUGCUGCUGCUGGGGCUGCUCCUGGCCGCCGCCGCGGGAUGCGAGCAGGAGUCCGGGGACGUGGCCGGGGGCAGGAGAAGAGGCGGCGCCUCCGCGGCAGAGUCCCCGGCAGUGAUGACAGAUACCUGUAGUUCAUUGAGUCCACCAUGCUUUACUGAGGAGGACCGAUUCAGUCUGGAAGCUCUCCGCAUGAUCCACAAGCAAAUGGAUGAUGACAAGGAUGGUGGUAUUGAAGUAGAUGAAAGUGAUGAGUUUAUCAGAGAAGACAUGAAAUAUAAAGAUGCUUCCAAUAAACACAGUCAUCUGCACAGAGAAGACAAACAUAUCACCAUUGAGGAUCUGUGGAAACGCUGGAAAACCUCUGAAGUUCACAACUGGACUCAAGAGGAGACUCUUCAGUGGCUGGUAGAAUUUGUUGAAUUGCCCCAGUAUGAGAAGAAUUUUAAAGACAGUAGUGUCAAAGGAACAACACUUCCCAGGAUAGCAGUAAAUGAACCUGCUUUUAUGAUCUCUCAUCUGAAAAUCAUUGAACGGAGCCACAGACAGAAACUUCAGCUGAAGGCAUUGGAUGUUGUUUUAUUUGGACCUCUCGCACGCCCAUCUCACAACUGGAUGAAGGAUUUUGUACUAGCAAUUUCUAUAGUGAUUGGUUUUGGAGGCUACUGGUUUGCACAUACUCAGAACAAGACCUCAAGAGAGCACAUCACAAAAAUGAUGAAAGAUCUAGAAAGCCUCCAGACAGCAGAGCAAAGCCUUCUUGAUGUGCAGGAGAGGCUUGAGAAGGCACAGGAGGAAAACAGAAAUGUUGCUGUAGAAAAACAAAACCUGGAGCGCAAAAUGAUGGAUGAAAUCAAUGAUGCAAAACGAGAAGCUUAUCGACUAAGGGAGUUGAGGGAGGGAGCUGAAUGUGAGCUGAGCAGACUCAAGUAUGCAGAGGAGGAGCUAGUACAGGUUCGCAUGGCUUUAAAGAAGGCCGAGAAGGAGUUUGAGCUGAGAAGUAACUGGUCUGUUCCUGAUGCAUUGCAGAAAUGGCUCCAAUUAACACAUGAGGUUGAAGUUCAGUACUACAAUAUUAAAAGACAAAAUGCAGAAAUGCAGCUAGCGAUUGCUAAAGAUGAGGCAGAAAAAAUUAAAAAGAAGAGAAGCACUGUAUUUGGGACAUUACAUGUUGCACACAGCUCCUCCCUAGAUGAGGUGGACCACAAAAUCCUUGAAGCAAAGAAAGCACUCUCUGAAUUGACGACAUGUUUGCGAGAGCGUCUCUAUCGAUGGCAGCAGAUUGAGAAGAUCUGUGGCUUUCAGAUAGCACACAACUCAGGAUUACCAAGCCUGACAUCCUCUCUCUACUCUGAUCACAGUUGGGUGGUGAUGCCCCGAGUCUCCAUUCCACCUUACCCAAUUGCUGGGGGAGUUGAUGACUUAGAUGAAGACACCCCUCCAAUAGUUGCACAGUUUCAUGGGUCCACUGUAAAGCCUCCCAGCACAUUAGCAAGAAGUAGUAGUGUGUGUCGCUCAAGGCGAAAUGUUGUACCACCAUCUCCACAAUCUCUGCAUACUCAACGUGCUCAACAUACGCCACAUACCUUGCAUUCCCCUGACCCUGACAUCCUGUCAGUGUCAAGCUGCCCUGCUCUUUAUCGUACUGAGGAGGAAGAAGAGGCAAUUUACUUCACUGCUGAGAAACAAUGGGAAGUACAGGAUGCUGGUUCGGAGUGUGAUUCCUUAAACUCAUCCUUUGGAAGAAAACAGUCUCCUCCUUCAAGUCUUGAGAUGUACCAACCUCUAUCUCCACAAAAGGUAUCCCGGGAGGAACUGUCGCUAGAGGAAUCAUCCACAGGAGACUCCUCAUCACUAACUGCAGACAUUUCUAGGGGUUCUCCUGACUGCCCAGGCCUAACAGAAACUAAAAGCAUGAUAUUUAGUCCUGCGAACAAAGUGUACAAUGGCAUCCUGGAGAAGUCCUGCAGCAUGAACCAGCUUUCUAGUGGGAUCCCAGUCCCAAAGCCUCACCACAUCUCCUCUUCCUCAGCCAGCAGUGAAAGUAAACCCAUUCAUGAAGUCUCCAUUGUCCCUAGGAUCAGCAGCAUCCCACAGGACCUAUGCCAGAACGGCGAGAAAAACAAAAAGCCAUCAAAAAUUAAAAGCCUCUUUAAGAAAAAAUCUAAGUGAGGCACAGAGAAGUAACCCAUAACAGUGGCAAAGUUAGGCAUCCUAAACUUCAGGACAUAAGUUCCAUUUGGGUCUUCCAGACUGGACAUCAUAGUGAAAUGCCCUGUAGGUCAACUGUCUACUAUUUAAAUGAUCCUCACGUUAAAGAUCGUGCCAGCUGUUAAUGAGAAAUCAAAAAUUCAGACAGUUUAGUUUUUUCUGCCUAUUUAUUUCUGCUUUGUUUUUAGUUAUAGAUAACUUUUAAAAAAUGCCACUUUGGACUGACAAGCUUUAAUGGACUAGUAAGCCUGCAUGGGCUUGCCAAAAUUUCUUGUUUACCACAUCAUCUUCGUAUCUUUCCACAGAGCUAUGACAUUUACUUACUGAACUUAAGUAACUUAAAAGAUGUAAAACUAAUUAAAUUGCACUACUGUUUUCCAGACUGGAAAAGUAUCUCUGCAAGUGAAACUAGGAUUUAUAAAUGACUGAGGAGAUGGGUCUUUACACUUUUAGAUCUUUUGGGGUUUUUAAGUAGAACCUGGGAUUUCUAAUUGACUUGAUUUCUGGAAAUAGAAACCCCACACUUUUAUUAUGGGAUGCUUCCUUAGAUUCAUUUAUUAUUAGAACGGUUCAAGUCCUGCUGUAAAGAUCAUUUUUUCCCCAGGGCUUUCACUGUGAUUUUACUGCAUUGCAGGCUGUAUGAUAAAAUAUAUAGGUAAUUUAACAAGAGAAGAAGCUCUUGAUUCCUUAUGCAAGUGAUGGAAUGAAACUUGAUUGAAGGACUUAAAAAAUUCACAUGCUUACAGUGGGGAGGGGGAGAAUACAGCCCUUGUUUACAGACUUUGACAGACAAAGGAUCUUUGGUUUAUGAAAAUGUGUAGUAUGGUAAAGAUAAUAAAUUGGAGACAUUCUUGUGCUUGUAAUUGUUCUGAUUUUAGCUGAUGUUCUCUUUCAGACAUAUUCCUGAGGACCUGUUUGUUGAACCUGCUAUAGGCUACGUUGCUUAUGCUUAUAAGUGUAUAAAUUAUUUUUGUUAUUAGCUUUUAACAAUGUCUUUAUGUCCCUGUGUAGGAUUUCAUACUGUUUAAUUUUGUAUAGUUUGAGAAGUUAGCUGUUCAGACAUGUCUGGUUGAAGUAAAUGGUCUAUUAAUUUUAUAACGUACAUAGACUAUUGUGAACUAGUGUAAUUUAAAGACUUUAAAGUGAGAAUCAAGACAUGCUUCAGAUAAAGCAGGCUUUUACAUUAAACAAGCUUUUAUCAUAAGGCAUUAAAUUACCAUUGGGUAACAAAGAAGCCUUCUUAGGAAAACAGUGGCUAGUUGUUCAAAACCAUCACCAUUUUUUACAUUUAGAUGAACAAAAUGUACUGAGUAACAGUGCCUUUUUUAUUCCGUUUGUCUGUCUGAAAAUGUUUAAUGCUGAGCAACAGUUUUCUUUGAGAUGAAUUCCAAAGAAAUAUUUUUGCUCUAGUGAACACAGGCAAUUUAUCCUGUGAUGACUAGAUCUCUUCAGUUCUGCUAUGGGGUUGUGUUAGUGGCCUCAGUAGCUGCUGCUGUGACUGGACUUCUGUGAUUAGGAGUUCAAACCUUGCCAGUACACACACUGUACUGUAGAAAACAAUGAAUUCAUUGACUGCCUAAACAGAUUGCUGGUAAGGAGACAUUAACAAAACCUUUAACCAUUUGUUUAAACUUGAAGCAAUACAUAACUUUCCUAUUUUUGCAUGAAGGUCCCAUUAUAUGGGAUUUCUCUUUGUUUAUAUGCAUUUGCAGGACAGUGGUGGUAUUUUUAGCAGAAACCUUUACUAUGCCCUAUGAAAA